AUGCUAGCAGCGAACACUGCUUACGGUCGCCGUGAACAUCAUCCCUUCGUAGUCGGCAGUUCGACGAGCAUCGCGACCUUUGCCAAUCCGGGUACAACGCGCCCGAAAUUCUUCCCGAGGAUCAUCACCAAGUUGAAGACGUCACCCGACAUAAGCAACUACGCGGAUCCGGCGAGCGUCGCACGGAUGAAGCGAUUAAAGAAUAGAAAAACAAAUGGAGCUUCAAAGAUGGAUCUAAACAAGAGAAAGCCAGCAGAUUAUAUGGAGUUUGCAUAUAGAGAAGCUAUCUCGAAAUUGAAGUAUCUGUUGGCUGAAUCUUACGCGCCGUCAGGAAUAUCCGCAAUAAAGCCGCAAAGUACUCGGAGCAUAUACAAAAGCAGUAAUCCGCGAAUUAGUGAAUCUGGAGAAGACACGGAUGAUCAAAGCAUGAUCAGCGAUAGUUUUCCGAAGAAGAAUCUCCGUGGAAAUGCGAUUUCAAAUACUUUUCCUCCUCUUUCGAAGACUAUUCAAUCAGCGAAGGCGUAUAGUAAUAUAGCAUUGUCAAAAGCCGAUCUUCAAUCUAUUCCUCCAGAGUUAACGUCAUUUAUCGAAAGGCAGGAGGAUUAUAUCGAACAACUGGAACGAGAAUCUCAGUAUUGCAGAGACGAAUUGAUCAAUUUACUAAGCAAAGUUCGUGAGGUUGUAGCUGAAAACGAGGCAUUGCAUAACAGGAAUCAAACUACAUUGUCCAAGUGCGCUCUACAGAAUCACAAAGAUCACUGUACCGGGUCAGAUCAAGAAUGUCGCAAACAAAGCACGAGUGAUCAUAUCGAUAACUUGGAAAACAAACGAGAAAAAUUUUUGGAAGGGCCCAGUAUAAUGUUCGAAUCGAGAAUCAGUGAGUUGGAGGCGCAGUUGACGCAGGCAAAAUUGGAAUUACGAAAGGUACAGGAAGAGAAUCAAGCAAACUUGAAACGUUUGUCCGAGACUAGUUCGAACGAAGGCAGCAUUGAAUUGAAGGUGGAAUUAGACAAGGCUCUACGCGCGAAAUACGAGGCCGAAAUGAAGCUAGAAGAAUUACAGAAAUUAUUGUUAGCCGCGAGAGACAAAGAGACUGAAGCGACGCAAAAAGCAAAGCGUUCUAUGGAUGACAGACAACAGAUUGAGUUUGAAAGAAGUCAGAGUGAAAUGGAGAUUCGAAGAUUAAAGGACGAGCUGGAAAGGCAACACGAGAAGUUACGGGAGGCCGCCCAAGAAGCGAAUAGACGUAUAACCGAGGAAAGGCAACAGAUAGAGCGUCGAUACAAUCAGCAAAUCGAACAAUUCACUGCCGAUAUCGCGUCUCACUGGGAGACUGCCAACAAAUCACAAUUGGAAUCCGAAAAACAGCGACGAGAGAUUAAUGAGUUGAAACGAGAAUUAUCUCAAAAACAAGCAACCAUUGAUAAUUUGAAGAAAGAGUUACAAAAUAAGAUAUCUAUCUUGCAGAGCGAUCUUAAUCAGGCAUUAAGCGAGAAAGAUGCGGCGGAGCAAGAACUCUUAACCAGUAAAUUGACAACUGAACGAAACGAAAGACAAGCUCGUCAAGAACAAAGUAGAUUACAAGCAGAGAUAAAUUCAUACAAGCAACGUCUGGAAAGAGGAGAUGCUGACUUGGUACAUUGCAGACGAGAAAAUCUAAGACUAGCGGAACAAAUAGCAUCUUUAGAGAAAGAGAUCAAUAUGAAUAAGAUUGUACGCCCCGAAGAUAAUCGUAAAGAGAUUACGCCUAGAUUGGAAAACGAAAAGGAAUUGACUUCUAUGAUAAUGGAUAUGGAGACUAAACAUGCUGCCACGGUAGCGGGCUUAGAAGAUGCCCUGAAUAGUCAAGCCACGCUCGUCUCGAGACUGACUGCCGAAUGCCAAUCUCUCACACAACGUUUGGAAGCUAACAAUCUUAAACACAAGGAAGAAAUGGCCGACCUACAAAACAACAUAGAACACUUGUCAAAUAAGAUACAAGGCAGUCUUGUAAGUCAUGAAGGAGGAACUCUUAUGGAAACUAACGACGAUAUUGGAGCUUUUUCUUAUAACGCUACAAUGGAUUCAGUAACUCCGCAUGCGAAGGGAUUACCAGCCGGUGCUAGAAUGAUUCAUCAGGAAUACGAUAUCGCGAGCGGUCAACAAGUAGAAGCAAACGCGCUAAAGGGAACCGAUCAAUCGCCGAACAACUUGUACGACUUAUCGAGCGAUCAAAGAUGUAUUGCAGACAACAACUUUAUGCCGAAUGAAAUGGAAACUAUGGAUCAGCAGAUGUAUCAGCAGCAGGAAGAAGCGGCUCGCAAUAAUGAAGACUACACAACGAAUGAUCCAAAUAUGGAUGCUUAUAUGGCGGAGCAAGAACAUAAUCAAUAUAGUGAUUAUAAUCCUUCGCAGUACCCAGAGGGACAGUAUGUUAACGGCGAGCAAUUCAAUGUAAUAGCGGAACAGAUGGACGAUAAUCAAACUGCCUCUGAUAUAGGCAGAUCAAAUACUGAAACUUUACACUAAUUAACUUUGUAUUAACUGCAUGCGCAUAUAUAUAUAUAUAUAUAUAAAUAUAAUUGAGAGAAUCUCUGUAUUAAUUACUUUCGGAUUCUCUAAUGAUUAUUUCCCUUUUAAAGAUGUUUUUGCACUACUCAUAUUUGUCACCAUGUCAAAUUGAGAGAAACAAAAAAUAUGUAUUCAAAGCAUAGUAUCUUCCAUAGAUAUAAGAACUGAGCGUGAAGAUCUAAGCAAAAUGUGAAAAGACAA